AUGCGGUGCACGGCAGUUCCCCCGACCGCCCAGGAGCCACGCACGCUGGAGCCCGCCUGUCCCCGGCCUCACCGCGCCGCCCCCCGCACGGUCAGCGCCCACGGCUCGGCCACGCGCAGCCCUUUGCCUGGGUCCCGGGACGCUGGGAGUAGGCGACCGGCGGAAGGCGGCGCCGCAGCCCGGCAGGCGAGGCGGAGGCCGUUGGCGAGGCGCGGAGCCCCAGGCCCGGCCACGAGCGGCGCGCCGCGAGCGCAGCGUCCCGGGCGCGCGACGGUGAACGCGCAGCGCAGGCCGAGGCACGGGCCUCACGCGAUCUCGCCUCGGCGCCCAAAGUCGGAGCGGCCCCCGGGUGGGACUCCGGGCACACGUGGCUCAGGGCUCCGGGCAGACCCUCGGCUGUCCCUGGACGCUGCGACCUUCCGCCCCGGAGUCUCCUGGCAGAACUGGCCCCGCUCCCGGCUCCGGGCAAGCAGCGCCCGCUUCGCGCGCUCCGCCCCAUCCCACCUGGAUUUCGAGGCCCAGAUCCCGCCGGGUGCCCCCCGCUCCGUGCCGGGGCGUCUCUCCAGCCGCUCCAGUUCUCCCCCAGAGUUAUUUUUAGCCUCCCGACCAGGCAGCUCUGCAGCGCAGCCACCGAGCCUGAGGCAGCCAGAGGACAACGUCGAGGCUCGCCUAGGCCAGAGAAGCUGCUCCGCAUCGGGCGAUCCAGGCCCACGCACCCGAGAGGAGCUCGGCGGUGUAAACAGGCCUAGGGGUCCCCAUCCGCAUUGGGCAGCCAAGCAUCGGGGGCGUGUCCUCCGCCGCCUCCACUGGCUCAGUGGGAAGAUGCAAACGGGCCCAGGACUCGUGUAUCGGUGCUUGUGUGAUAAACAUAUCACCGGCAAGCCCCCACCCGCAACCCCCAGGAAUCCGGCGCCAGGAGGGGAGCGCGGCGCUGCAGCCGCAGUGCCGCGGUCACGCGACGCGGAGACUCAAGCGCCUGCGGGAGGAGGGGGCUCCUUGCGGGAGCCGGGGCUCGAUCCCUCUCCUCCCCCUUCGCCUGCCUUCUCCUCCUGCCAGGACUCCGGUCAAAGUCGGGGCUUUGGCGCCUAGAAGACGCGGGACGCGGGCGGGGUGCUCCCCGAGAUCUCAGUCUUGGAGGGAGGGUGCUGCGGAGACCGCCAGGGCAGCCUCCCCCUUCUCCCCCGCUCGGGAGGGCACUUCCAUCAGUCCUGAAAAGCCGCUGCCUUAAACCUUGGAGUCUGGUGGGAAACUGAGGCCCUCGGGAAAGGAAGACCUGGCUGUGCAGGAGUCCGCAGGGAGAAAGCCCACCUGCCACUGGGUCCCUCCGCCUCCCAGCGCCCCGGGCUGGAGCCCUUGGGGUCGUGGGGCCGGACGGGGGCGGGGUUGACUGGAAACCGAGCGACGAGGGAGGCGGAGCAGCCUGCUGGGUUCAUUAUCCGGCCUCCGGGGGCCCAGCGGGAGGGAGGUGAAGGGCCGAGCCCUCUGGCCCCGGUUCCAGUCUGCACAAUGGCUGCUCUGUCCUCCCAGCGGCCUCGCCCCCGCCCCCACCCCCACGGUCCCUGCUCUGCCCUCCUCAUUCUUGUCCGUCACCUCCCCCCUCCAGGCUGCCUCCCUCCAGGCCCACACCGCCCUCCAGCCCCUCUCUAAAGAGCUUUAUUUCAUCUCCAGAAACACUCAUCAGCGUCCCUGGCCCAAGAGACAAGAUUGAGCAAAAGCAAGAUGCUUUGCCCCUUUGAUAACGGGGAACUGAAACCCUGAGAGGUGAAGGGUCUCGCCUAAGCCACGGAACCAGUUCCCGACAGAGCUGAGAAGCAAACACAGGUCCCAACCCCCAGGCUGAGAGGCCCAGCUGACCCCAGGCUUCUAGCUGAUCUCUGAGUAUCUGUCGGCCGGGUGGGUUUCUUGCCACAGAGCUGCCCCAGUAACCCAGCUGCUGGGUCUCCCUGGGAAAGAGGAAGCAACCCGAAGCCCUCUCCAGGCUUCAUCAUCCAGGUUCUGAUUAAGCAACUAGCUGCUGUGGCCAAGGGCCUCUGGAGUCAGGCUUGAUCUGUGCUGAUCGCCAACCCGCAGGUAACACCUGUCUCCCAGGUGAAAGAGACUGCCUUUCCAUCUCCCCCAGCCACCCUCCUUCCUCCUUGAGGGCAGCCUUCCCAGGUGGACACACCUGAGAACCCCCUUUUUUUUUCUUCUUCAGAGAAAGAAAGCAGGCAUUCACGGGGCCUGGCCCGGCUCUCUGGAAACUUGGAGCCAAGGCCGCCAGACGGCAAAUGACUUGCUUUUAUUAGGAGAGGCUUCCUGUCAUCUCACCUGUUCCUGAGGUUUUCAGCUCCCAAGUUGAACUGGAGGACCUCGAGGCCUCCCUUGACCUCAAGUCCUUUCUGCCUGGGAGGCUGCAAGGGCAGGGGAAGGGAGGUAUCCAGCCCUGCAAACUGUGUUGUUGUUUUUUUAAUGUAUUUUUGUGUUUGGUUGGUUUUGGUUGUUGUUGUUUUAGCCGCGCCGCGCGGCAUGUGGGAUCUUAGCCCCCCGACCAGGGAUCGAACCCGUGUCCCCUGCUUUGGAAGCGUGGGGUCUUAACCACAGGACCGCAGUUUGCAGGGAUGUCCUGCAAACUGUUUUUAAGACUUGUGUUCUGGGACAGCCCCAGAUGUGGUUUUCCAUUCUGAGAUCCUGGUGACCGUGCCAGGCAUUGAGGAGUGUGCCACACAUGGAUAUCCAGGAGAGCAGACCGGUCACACAAGAUUCUUGGCUUCUUGCAGGGAAUGUUACGGGUUUCUGUCCCUGCGGCGGUUCAGCCACCCUGGGUGUGGUGGAGGGAGCCUAACUCGACCUCUUGCGUGGCCUACUUCUCCUCACGGGUGUCCUCGCCAGGGCUGGGAACCAAAGUCUCUUCUGGGCCUCUGGGCUCUGCCUGCCACACACCCCCACCCGCAGGCCUGCUGAGAGGGACACAUCCCUUUCAGGGGAAUUCGCGGGCACAGCCCUCCCCGUGGAAGCCUGCGAGCCUCACCCGCUUCACUCAUUUCAGAUGCUUGCCCGGCAUCUGAAGGCAUUUGUAUUAGUUUCCUGGGCUCAUCGCAACAAGGUGCCACAAACUGGGUGGCUUAACAGAAAUUUACUGUGUCACUGUUCUCAAGAAAUCCAAGAUUAAGAUGUUGGUAGGGUCGGUUGCUUUGGAGGGCUGUGAGGGGGAGUCUGUCCCAGGCUGCUCUCCUAGCUUCUGGUGGUUGGCUGGCAAACUCUGGUGUUCCUUGACCCAGACUCUGCCCUCAUCGUCACAUGGCCCUCUUCCCUUGUGAAAGGUCUGGCUGAGAUGUGUUCUUUUAGGGUCUGCCUUCUCUUCUGUCGGGCAUGUUCUUUUUCAAAAGCAAAUUACUCUGGGAGGGAAAACCAAUAAGUUAUCAGGACUCUAGUGUGAAUGGAGGUAUCCAUUUUAAACUAAAAAAAAUCUAACAAUACUAGGUGUCCCCAAAGAGGACAACAGUGCACGCUCGUGUGGGUGUCGCAGGAAAGGUGUCUGGGAGCUGGACCUGCCCGCCUCCGCUGUUGGGAGGAAUUGUUUAUAUCUGUGCUGGCUGCCGGGUGGCUUUGCCCAGGCUUGCACACUGCCCCGGCUACCUUGACUUUCAGAUCUUACCUCAUACCUUGGCUUAUGGCAUCUCUGGCAUCCUGAGCAGGUGCGUUUAUUCCCCAGGCCUCGGAAGAACAAAGCUGAGUUUUGUGUUAGUGCACCGGGUUCCUGUCGCUGCACCACUUUAUUAUCCUGCAGUACUGAAGGUCAGAAGUUUAAAACGGAUUGACGGGGCUGUGCUGUCUUCCUGCUCUAGCUUCUAGAGACCUGCAUUCCUCAGUUCAGGACGCCCUCCUUCACCUCCGAAGGCGGCAGCACAGCAUCUUCAGGUCUCUGUCUGACUUCUGCUUCUGCUGUCACAUCUCUGACUUUGACCUUUCUCCCUCCCUCUUACAGGGUCUCCUGUCUGUGAUGACAUUGGCCCCACCUGGCUAACCCAGGAUCAUCUCCCCAUUCAAGAGCCGUAACUUAAUAGCGUCUGCAAAAUCCCUUUUGCCAUAUAAGGAUCCUAUCAUUUUAAGCUGAGGUUCCAGUUGCCAUGUGACAAGUAUCUGUGACCACUCGGUUCUCAGACUGAGAACUUUGAGCACUUAAGGAGGGAAGACAGUCUAACUGCAAAAUAUGUUUAGCAUGGAAUCGGAUCUGCCGCCUUCAUCUCUUGGCAGGGGGGAGAAAACUGAGGCAAAGGGAGACAUAAUUGUUUGCUCGGGAUCACACAGCUGUUAAGAGUGGCCUCCAAGAGCCUGGCUCCCGAGAUAACACUCAUCUACACACGCUGCAGCGUCUCACUGCUGACACCCCGACUCCCCGUGGCCUUUUUCCUCCUUCCAUGUCUUUCCCUAUGAGCCUACCUUGCCAGUGUGCUGCUGUAAAUCUGGAGAUACGGGCGAGGAGACAUCUCCUGUUUGGCAGACUCUAGAAGGAAAUGUCCAGCAGGUUUGGAGCCUCAAGGAUCAGCCUGUUUUAUAGAGAAACAUUAAAACAACAACAACAACAAAAAAAAAAACUGGAACUGAGCAAGAGAGUUCUCACUUCAAACUGCAAAAAACACAUUCUUUGCAAAAUGAGCAGAAGUGUCUUUCUACUCAGUCCAGACCCUGUAUUGGUCAGAAUUCUCCAGAAAAGAAACAGAACCAACAUGAUAUCUAUCUAUUUAGAAAGCAAAUGUUGAAGAGCUAAAAGGAAAAAUAAAAAACACCACAAUCA